AUCAAAACAAAACAAAAUCGUUGGAAUUUUUGGUAGUCAACAAGUGUGUUUGAUUGGGAAAGGACAUUUUUUGUGCAAGCACGAGAUUAAACAAUAAACAACUUUUACCACGGAAACCAUUAUCUUAAUCGCCAGACGGUUCUCACUUCCAUUAAAUUCAUAAAUUAAUUAAAUUUAUGUGCAAUGACGGAAAUAAAUAGAGAUCUGCAUCAUGCUGUUAGCUAUGGAAACCUAGAGAUUGUACGAGCCUUAAUUAAUCUACAUGGAAUUCAUAGUUCCGAAUCACAUGGAUAUGUUCUUCUUCGUGAAUCGAUCAAGCUCCAGCGCAAGGAAAUAACUAAAUUCCUUCUAAUCAGCGGAUCGAGAGUAAAUAGUAAAAGAAAUCGAUCAGUUCGUUCAAAUACACCACUUCACUUUGCUAUUCAAAAUGGUGACAUUGAAAUUACACUAAUGCUUCUAGAUCACGCUGCUGAUAUUAACGCACGAAAUGAAAGUGGUUUAUCACCCCUCCUAAUAGCUAUUCAAGAAAAACAAGAAACUAUUGUUGAUAUACUACUGAAAAGAGGAGCUAUUCUUAAUACUUGCAGCAAAGGUAUAAGUCCUCUUCAUCAUGCCGUUGAAAUGCGCUUAUGCAAUAUAACUGAAAAACUUUUACAAUUUGGAGCCUAUGUAGAUUCAAAGGCAAAUUUGUAUCACAAAAAAGAAUAUACACCGCUUCACUGUGCAACUGAAAAUGGAGAUUUAGAAAUUGUAAAGGUUCUCUUAAAAAAAGGAGCAAAUGUGAAUUUUAAGACAGCCGAUGGACUUACAUCUCUGCAUUUAGCAUGUAAAACUGGAAAUGUAGAAAUAAUCGAUUUACUUUUAAGCAGCAAUGCCGAUAUUAAUGCGCGUGAACAUAAUAAGUUAACACCACUCUACAUAGCUGUGGAAAAUUCUCGCAGAGAAGCUGCUAAAUUGUUAAUGGAUCAUGGAGCAAAAAUCAAUGAUGAAUUCGAUAACGGGAAAACCAUACUAAGUUGUGCUGUUGACAAACGCUUAUCAUUGAUAGUCAACGACAUUCUACAAUACUCUCCAGAUGUCAACAACAUAAUAAACAAAAAAUCUUUAAAAACUGCCCUAAGUAAACGUAAUGGUUAUUCAGAAAUUGUUGAAAAUAUGGUAAAAUAUGGUUUUUCUGAUAAUCAUGUAGACAUAAAUGAUACCGCUUUGCUGCAUAAUGCUAUUAAAAUGGGUAAUACUAAAACUAUUGAAGAUCUAAUAAAUUAUGGACUAAACUUGACUUGUAAAAAAAAAGAAAAUUGCAUCGUUUUGCACAUUGCUAUAAAACAUAAACAGUUUGAGGUAGCGAAACUCUUGCUUACCCAUGGAGCUGAUGUAAAUGCCAAAGAUGAAAAUAAAAAACCUCCUAUAUACUAUUCUGUAUAUAACUCUGAUGUUAACAUGACUAAGCUUCUACUAUCCCAUGGAGCAAAUAUUCAAAAGAGUCCUGAACUGCUUGGGAUUGCUACAAAUAAAGUUUGUAAAGAAAUUAUUGAAAUUCUACUUGAAAAUGAUGUUGACAUUGAAGGUACGGAUAAGUUUGGAAGAACAGCCUUACACAUGUGUGCGUCACAAGAAUAUGACGUAUUCUUUGAUAUCCGUAAAAAUAGCCCGGAUAGCCCGGAGGUCAAGUUAGCCAAGGCAGAAAUAGCACAAAUACUUCUAAUCAAUGGUGCAAAUGUUAAUGCUAAAACUACCAUAGGUAAUUAUACCGCUCUUUGGUUGGCAUGUGCAAAAAAAUCUAUAAAUCUUAUUGAAGUUCUUUUAAAAUAUGAAGCUGAUGUGAAUAUUCCAAUGGGUUUUACACCAUUGCAUAUUGCUACUGAAAGUGGAAACGAAACUAUUAUUGAAAUGCUUUUGAAGAAUAACACGAAUGUUGUUAAAUCAAAGCAAGAAAAUGGUGAUACAGCUCUUCAUAUUGCUGCCAGAAGGGGUCACAAAAAUGCUUUGCAAAUAUUGAUAAAAUAUGGAGCAGAUGUUAAUUUAAAAAACAAUAAACGUGACACUGCGCUACAUUUGGCUGCAAAAGGAAAUAACUAUGAAAUAGUUUCGAUUCUCUUGAAACACAUGUCUAUAAUCGAUUCCCAAAAUAUUGAUGGGAAUACUCCGCUUCAUAUUGCCGUUGGAUUAGCGAAAACCGAUUAUAUACACGAUCUUCUUAAUUUCGGAUCAGAUAUUAAUAUUUUGAAUAACAAUAACUGCACAGUUAUUGAUUUGGCAAAUGAUUUGGAUUAUGAUAUGAGCGAUGACUUUAUUGACGAGGACGAUGAUGGCCUAGAGGACGAAGAAAGAUUUGCUGAUCGUGAAGAUGAGAAAAUCUACAUUCUUCAAACUUUACUAUCGCAUGCAAUAACCUUAAAAGCUGUUAAUUUAUAUUCUGCCAAAACAGAUUUGUUUUCGUUUUUAGAUGAUAAUACCUUGUUGGCAUUUUUGCAAGAGGAUUGCAAAAUCGAAAUAAAACUUCUAAAGGUUGAUAAAAUUGCUGCGAAUGCAAGAUUAAGUUUUUAUGAUAUUUUGACAAAGAGUAUUCACUCAUUGGCAAGAUGCGUUAGAAAUGAAGAUGUUGUUCGAAUUUUUUCAUCAGAUAAUUAUAAAAAAAAGUUUCCAAUAUAUGCUGGCAUAAUUGAAAGAAAUUUUAAAAAAGCCACUCAAAGGCGACAUUUACUAGAUUCAGCAUAUGGGUUUUUUAAAUGCUAUUUUAAAAUGCCAAAUAAAUGUUCUGAUCAAAUACUUAGUUACUUAAGUAAUGGUGAUUUAGAAAACAUUAAAGACUCAUGGAUAAUUUGAAAACUCAUAACAAUGUUUUUCUCUCAGUAAUACGA